CUCAAUGUAUGUGUGACUAUUUCCACAGAAAGGUAUCAAUAAUGAGCCUCCUUGCCAGGCAACAUUGUAACCUAUUACAAAAUAAGGCCCUUUCCAAAUUAAUCUGUUUUUUCCAUGGUUCUCGGUGUUUUUCCCAAGAAAAUGUACAUAGAAACAAAAAAUCUUGUACUCAAACAACUAGAAAAGAUAACGUCCCUAAAUCAACAAAAUAUCAACAGACAUUAUUUCUGCCUUCCAAGGUUUCCACUAAGUUGCCAUUGAAGGUCGAGGACAUCUUAGAACAUGUACUUCAAAUACAGAAGGAGUUUGAGUGGAAUAAACAGUAUGAGAGGCAGUAUAUGCAGGCAGAGAGGAGAGCAGAAUUUGUUCUCCAUGACGGUCCUCCUUAUGCUAAUGGCAGCCUACAUAUUGGCCAUGCUCUCAACAAGAUUUUGAAAGACAUAACAGUUCGCCAGAAAAUGAUAGAAGGAUUCAAGGUGCAUUACAAGCCUGGCUGGGACUGUCAUGGCCUGCCCAUUGAAUUGCAAGCCAUGAAAAUGGGAUCUUUACCAGGAGCUGGUGUGAAGAGCCUCUCACCUUUGGAGCUUCGUAAAAUAUCUCGCCAAUUUGCCGAGUCUUGCGUUAAGGAGCAGAAGAAGACUUUUGAACUCUGGGGCGUUUUGGGUGACUGGAACAAUGCUUACCUCACAGCCCAGCCCAGCUAUGUUGCUUGGCAACUCAGGCUCUUUGACAGGCUCAAGAAGAAAGGCCUGAUAUUCCAGGCUCACAUGCCGAUAUUCUACUCGCCCUCCUUGCGGACAACGUUGGCAGAGGCAGAGGUUGUAUACAAGGAUGAUCACAUCAGUCCAGACCUCACCCUAGCACUGCGCUGUGCUCGCUCUUCUACACGUCUUCAG